GUGGUUUGGAUCUAAGCCUAGGGCCCGUAGAAACAAGGAUUCAAAGGCAGCAGGGCGUGUGACCGCAACUCAUACGCCGGCGAUUCCCACAACCUCUCCCCCCAAUUUACCGGAACUCCUUAAACAAUGCAGAGAUGGUGCUCCAAGCUCCGAUUACUCGCCGUCGUCCGGUCAUCUUCAUCAUUUCCUAAAUCUCAACAACCACCACCAUAUCUCCACCGCCACCUCCGUACCCGUCUCUUCCAUUCUUCUACCCCAAAUUUCCUCAACAAAUCCCUAAUCACUCCUUCUAUGAUUUCUCCCAAUUUUCAUCCCCUGCUAUGCACUUCCCCUUCAAGAUUACAAGUCACGACAAGCUCCAUUCGCGCUUCUUCACUUCCUCUCUCUUUCAUGCAAGUGCGGCAUCUUACUCUGAAGCAAAGGAAGAGGAAGUUAAAGAGUAGGCAGCCACUUAGUCCAGUAGUCUCCAAGUUGAAGAAAAUCAAAAUGAAAUCUUAUUCGUCUUUCAAGGGACGAUUUAGGACUAUGAAAGAUGGGCAGAUUAGGCGGUGGAAGGAAGGCAAACGACAUAAUGCUCAUCUAAAGUCGAAGAUAGCAAAACGUAGAGGCAGACUACCUGGCAUAGUCCCAGCAGCAUACGCAAAAGUGAUGAAGAAGCUCAACUUCUGCGGUUAAAGAAACCGUCUCUUCAUGUUUCUGCAGUAGAACUCCAAGGCAAGCUCUUUAGUUGUUUUUACCGACUUUUUUAAUCAUAAAAUCUUGAAAUAUUCUUGUGGUCAUUUCGAAUUUGAAACAUUGACCAAUCUUUUCGACAAUGUCUGAUAUUAUCUGUUACAUGCACAAUAUGGCUGGAGGUAGUUUUGAAAUUUAUCUCAUUCUAAAGGUGAAAAGGAUCUCAAAUUCCCAAUUAACCGAUACUUGAGUGCUCUUACUUAACCCUGCGUGGGAUUUAUUGGAUUCGUUUGGUUUUGCCUGCUGUCA